UGUAAAAUGUGGGGCCUAAGACUUCUAGUGCGAGUAAUUGUGGCAUUCAAUUUGCUCUGUUUAGCAUUUUGUGUUUAUAGGAACUGCGGAGGAAUCGUCCGUGCUCCAAAAGGUGUUGUAACAUCUCCGAACUUUCCAAAUGAGUUUCCUACACCAAUUUUGUGCGAAUGGGUUAUCCUAAACCGCCAGACAAAGUUCACAUUGAUCCAUCUUACUCAAUUUUAUUUGAAAAGUCAUUUUACCGUCCAGUUCUUUCAGGAAUAUACGAAUUCUGAAAUGUACAGAAACGAAUCAAGACCGGAAGUAUUAAACGCUUACCAUGACGUGUACACAAUGGUUAUUCCGGCUCCGUAUGCCGUUCUGCGGUUUGGAGUCCAUGAAAUGGGCGACAUAAAUAUCCGGGUCUUGGAACAUAUGACCGACGUUUACGGUUUUAAUAUUACAUACGAAUUCGUUAAUUCAACUAUAGAUUAUCACAAAGAAACAUGCACUGCGUACCACUGCUCUUACCUUGGACAUUGCAUCGCCUCUGAGGAUUUCUCGGAAUACAAAUGUCAUUGUUUUAACAACUUCUUUGGAGACUAUUGCCAUUAUGGGCUAGACUGCAACCCCAAAACUAAGACCAAUAGGUGUCAAAAUGGAGGAAUCUGCAGCUACCUGAACGGGUCACUGAAUUAUAUAUGUGAAUGUCCUACAGGUUACACGGGGGACUGGUGUGAAAUUAAGCAAGACGACUGUUAUUAUCUUGGUUGUGAACAUCUUUGUGUGGAAGUAAUACCUGGAGUGAAGGGAUGCCAGUGUGAAGAAGGGUACCAGAUUGGACCAGACAGGCAGUCAUGCAUCGCCAAAGAAAACUUGGUUGUACUUGUUCGUCUUGAUAUUACCUCAUUGCAACCGACAACAUCUUUAGAACGGCGAACCGUUUAUAACAAUGUCGUCAGAGAACUACACCUUUUGCAUAUCAAGAAUAUUAGCGAAGUCACGAAUAUCAGAGGAAGAUCAAACAACUCUGAUGUGAUCGAGUUAAAAUUUAUUAUUAACAAAAAAGGCAUGCAUUCGACGGUGGACUUAUUGCAAAAUAUAACAAAACAAAUUUAUGAAAAGGAAGGUGGCAAAAUUGUAUUGACUUUUUCUAUUGCAGAAGAGUUAAGGAUAAUUGACUUAGUUGUUGGCAAUGGUGGUCCAACUUCUAUGGGCUAUAUCAACGAAAACGGGUUCCUUACUAUCUCUUGUAUAGCAAAAGGAAGGAACACCACGACAUUUCAGUGGUACAAAGAUGACAUACAGAUCGACUUUUCCAUUUCUCCACGCGGUGGAUAUGUCACUACAGUCCAUUCUAAAACUGAAGGGACUAUUCGCUCUGUUCUAUAUUAUACACAAAUAAAGAAGUAUGACCAAGGUUAUUUUUCUUGUGUGGCCUCUGAUGGUUAUUCUGAAAAACACCAAUCUAUUUACGUGAGUGUUCAGACGACACCUCAGAUUUACAUACCUAAGAGGCAAAUGGUGCUGUCAACUAAUGCUUCUGUUCGUAUUCCUUGCUUUUCCAUCAACGAACCUUACAACACUUUUCAAUACGAGUGGUACGAAAAUGGAGCCAAGAUUCAGUGGCAUACCCACAAUCGUUUUGUAGAAAGUCUGUUACCAGCUGGAACACAACUGUUUGCUAAAAGAAUAUCACAAAGUACAAACUUUACGUGUAGGGUUGCAAACAUGGUUGGAGCGGUCAACCUAACCACGCGUGUUUUUGUGGCAAAAGAUAACCAGUUGAUGUGUCAUGCUGAGAUACACAUGGGCAUUCUUUGGCCUGACACAAGAAAUGGACAUUUGAUAAAACAAAAUUGUCCCGAUGGCUUUGGAGGAUAUGCCGAACGAUCUUGUUAUUGCGACGUUAAAGGCGGUUGCAAGUGGAAUGAACCAAGCUUCCUUUAUUGCCAGUCUAAUCAGCUGAUUAAAAUAUAUGACAAGGUUGAAAUUCUUUACCAUGGAUACAGGUCGUCUACGAUAUCACAUAUUUUAGAUGAACUGCACAGCUUUAUAAGUACGGUAAAUCCAAAUAUUCAUGUUGGGGAUGCAGAGCUAUCGAUAAGCAUUCUACGGAGAAUUUUUGAAUACCAACGCCAAUACCCAAUGCUAGCAACAAGCAAUGAGAAAGUCUCGUUCAAAAAUAUAAUUGAAGUUAUGGAUUGCAUUUUGACUGCGACUAAAGAUUUGCCAUCGAAUAUCAAACAGAAACUUACUCUAGGGGAAAAUAUAUUGCACAUUUCUGCCUAUCUGUCUCAAAAGUCUUUUAAGACGCUUUUUCACUUCGAAACAGAAAAGGAAACGAAGACACAAACUAUUGAUGUUAAGGAACAAGAAAGCAGGGAAAAUGGUUCCUCAAAGACACAUGGUAUGACAUUUACCUUAUUUACGUUUCGAAGUCUGGAUACUCAUCUGACAUCAAAAACAUCCUUCAAAAAUCCAAUGAUGAGGUUUUCAUCGGAUCUUGUGGCUGUUUAUGCAGACCAUAGUUUAUCAUCAUUGGAAGGACAGUCGAUGGACAUACCCAUAUAUUUAAUACAAAACAAAUCAAAGGAGUUUGAAUGUGUAUCAUGGACUAGAAAGAAAAGGGGUAUUUCAUAUCCGUCAUGGGGGAAUGCUAGCUGUUCUGUGGUGUCUGCCAAUGCAGGAGUUGUCACAUGUCACUGUCAACUUCCGGUAGAGGUGAUUGUGGUAGAACGAGACAUAAAUAUCACGGUAAAUAACAAUGACGCAGAGACUGAUAUCUUUCUCGGCAUUAUCCUGAGUCAUGCUGUUUCAAUAUGUGGCCUGUUUUUCUGUGUUGUAAUCAUUGCUGUCAACUGGAGGUACCUGACUGGUGAACAUUAUGUCUUCUACACAAACUAUAUCCUUGUUCUACUGAUGAACAACGUUGUGUUCCUGGUUUGUCACUUACGACUGCAUGACAAGAUGAUUUGGAUUAUUGGAGAAAUAGCAGUUUAUUUUUUAUACAUUUCUGCAUUCACUUGUCUUUUGAUGGAAAUGUUCCAUUUCUUCAUCCUAACCUUAACAUCCAAAGAAUAUUCGGUGAACAAGAGAUGCUCAAGAUUUAUCAUUACUGGAUGGGGAAUACCUUUGGUUCUUACCAUAUUUUUCUCCAUUGUCUCUCAAACUAUUCCAAAAGAUGCAUCAGCUGAGAAAAGAAUGGUGUGCUGGAUUUCUAAGUAUUCAUGGCAAUUCCAGGUGUUCAUAUUACCUGUUGCAUUUAUAGCUGCAGCUUUCUUUAUUUUUAUGGCAAUUGUUUGGAACAUUCGAGUGAAACUUACUGAAGAAAGCGAAAUGGUGUUUAAAAGACGCUUAAGAGUAAUUUUCCUGAAAUCUCUUGCGCUCUUAGUAUUGACGUUGGCUGAAUCCCUCCUAGGAAUGGAUAUGACUGGAAAGCAGUUUUCAAUACUAAUUUUACACUUCAUAUCCAAGAUAAGCCUGGUAAUUUGUGUCUAUGUCACUAGAUGUGCAUCAGACGGCAAGAUUGAGCACUGUGCAGUACGAAACACGUGGCUAUUAAACAAUUAUUUAACACAGAAGAAGCGAUGGAAACAAAAUAACAUUGAUGGGAAACUCCGCUCAGAAAUAGAUGCAAGAGAAUAUUACGACGAAGUUAACAAAACAAAAUACACAAGCAAAAGAAAACAAGAGUUGUCGUCGUUGCUAGGAACAUCUUCACUCGCGAGAAAUUCUAGGACGGACAGCAAUGGAACAGGAAGUAGUCGAACCACUAACACAUCCACCAAUACCAGCAUCACCAAUGUCAGCUCAGAUAGAGAGGAGAUUAUACCAGGUAAAGCAAUGAAUUCAAAAGCAGUUGCUGAAAGGCGAGACGGAAUGGAGGAGCACUCGCCUGCUAAAGGCAAGAAGUGCCUUACAGGGAAAGAGGCCACAGAAGAAUACUUCACUAUGCACAGCAUACCAAGGAGGAACGUGAAUAAAAACGGAGAAACCUGUGUACCAUUCCACACUUUUGAAAACAUAACCGAAGCCGUGGAACUUCAUCAGGCGCUCAUACACCAAGCAGACAUACAUAUUGUGAUGUAA